GACCAUAAAGCUCAUCCAGCCCUAAGCCCUGCUACGGGCAAGGAGCACGAGAGCAGGCUGCUCCAAGCCCCGUGCGGCCUGGCCUCGGGCACUUCCCGGGAUGGGGAGGUUAAAGAUGAGGUGAUUACUGGGCAAUCCCAGGGAGAAGAGCGGGUGGUUGUGUGCAGCCAUGCUCUGGACAGCCUUUGGUGGGGGUUCGUCCUGGGAGCUAUCACACUCACAGCCCCCGAGAACUUCACCUCACCCUCUGCUGUGCUUACUGCGCUGGUGGGUUUUGGUCCAGAUGCAGCUGGUUUUGGCUGCAUGGCUGCUGUGGCCUGGGCUGAUGGUCUGGAAAAAAUAGCUCUAAGGCAUGUGUACAUGCGUCCCUUUGCUGUCAAAUAAAUUAGAGAUAAAUAUGCCUUAAUCAUCCUUUAUGUGGUUGAGGGUGUUCUGCAGUUCAUGGUGCGUGAACUCUGCCCAGGUUCUAAGUUGUUGUUUAUGGUAUAAUAGAUCAUGUGUUUUCCCCUCCCAUUAUGAAAAGUGACAUUUAUGAGUUGUUCAGAUAUUCUGAGCUCAGCUGAGAGUUGGGCAUUGCAUGCCCAGCAAUGAUACAUGCCCCACUGCUGUAUUAAAAAUUCAGACAAAAGUCCAGACCCACUUAAAAUGGGUAAUGUGCACUGGGCAGCUUAGAUCAGUCCUGUUCCCCAGAUCCGUGAUGAAGAUCUGAACCCCUGAUGUACAGGGGAGUCUCCCUGGAAAGGAUCAUUGUUUGAGGAGAUUUUUGAAGCUGUGGUGCAAAACCUUAAUAAAUGAUGGGAUGAGGUGACAGGACUGGGACGCAUUUUGGAGGUCUGGCAGCUUGUUAGAAGUUGCUGAUGUUUUGUUUAGAUAAAGAAGAAAGGAGUUUGGUAUUUGUAAUCCAUUAUGUGAAUUUAAAGUGUUGACAUAAGAUAAAGCAAAGGAAAUGGAAUAUUGCAGUGAUUUAAAUCCCAGUGGAAUCAGGUCAGGUGAUGGAAUACAAGUACCUGGAGUAAGCUGUGGGAUUACCUGGGAGCUGAUUAAUGACGGUGUAAAUUCUCUUCCCCUUCCUCUGCUGAAACAGCUCUUCCCUGCUGUCCCAAGGUCCCCCAACACCUGCUCCACCUUUUCUCUCUGAGGGUGAAUGCCAGUCUGACCAAGGCAAGCUUGCCUUUUGUGGCACAGGGAAUAAAUUCAUAUUCUUAUGGAUUUAUGGAAGCACACAUCUCUGGAACAACUUUAUCUGGAAGGAGAUAAUCUUUAGGGUCCCUUCCAGCCCAGACCAUUCUGUGAUAUGUAGCAAAAGGCGUUAAUGAAUUCACCAAGCUACCAGCUUAAAGUAAUUUUAAAAUCAGGAUUUACUGAACAGGUAUCUUGAGAUAAAGGAGGUUUAGGAAUUGCUUUGGAAUACUUAGGAAUAUUCCACCCCUUUCCCAUAGCUCAUGACGGGAAAAUACAAAUUCCCUUCAGCAGCAAGACUUUGAGUGUCAGAAGAUGAAUGAUUUGCUGUUCAUGGCAGAGCAGCAGGGAGGCCCCAGUGUACUGCUUUAGGUCACCCUUGCACCUAGUUCUGCAUCUUUUAGUGAGCAAAACUGUCAGCACCAAAAUAUCUGCAGCUGGGCUCCAGGGUAGUAAGAGAUGGACAGGAGGUUUUCUGCAAGUCCAGUUGUAAGGAAAUCAGCAAUAUUUUUGCAGGGCUGGGGUAGUUUAGAUGUGUGGCUGUACAGGGUGGAAGCUCUUCUGACAGGAGCGUUGUUGGGAUCUAUGUUGUUUCCGAAAGUUUCUGGCUGGCAUCAGCUGAGAUUCAGGAACAAAUUUCUUCUUCCUGGGCAAAACAGAGGCUCCCAGGAUGUUUGCCCAGAGCUCCCGGAACUCUGUGAGCCCCAUGCUGCUGCUGGUGCUGCUGGGCUGUGUCCUGUGUCCCCCAGCACAGGCCAGCAAGAGCUCUGAGGACAUUCGCUGCAAGUGCAUCUGCCCCCCGUAUCGCAACAUCAGCGGGCACAUCUACAACAAGAAUGUGUCCCAGAAGGACUGCAACUGUCUGCACGUGGUGGAGCCCAUGCCAGUGCCUGGGAAUGACGUGGAGGCCUACUGCCUGCUCUGCGAGUGCAAGUACGAGGAGCGCAGCACCACCACCAUCAAGGUGAUCAUCAUCAUCUACCUGUCGGUGGUGGGGGCCCUGCUGCUCUACAUGGCCUUCCUGGUGCUCGUGGACCCCCUGAUCCGCAAGCCAGACCCCUACACCCAGCCCCUGCACAAUGAGGAGGACAGCGAGGACGCUCACUCCCUGGCCGCAGUGCCCCCCCUGGCUGGCGCCAGGGCCAACACAGUGCUGGAGCGGGUGGAGGGGGCCCAGCAGCGCUGGAAGCGGCAGGUGCAGGAGCAGAGGAAGACGGUGUUCGACCGGCACAAGAUGCUGAGCUAGGCCCUGCUGGGCCCUGCCGCACCAGGACACCCCAGCGUUGGAAUGGAACCUCCAGCCCUCCCUGAUUCACCGUCUCUAGAGGGAGCAGCAGCCCCAAAGGCUUCUCUGGUCGUGUCCCCUGCCCUUCCUCUGCCCAGCCACGCUGGCCCCUGGGCUCUGGCUGCCCCGUGGAGCUCGGCCGAACACAGGACUCCAUCAGCCCACCCCAGCAGGGACAGGGGCUGGGAACAGAGUGCUGCAAGCUGGCUCAGUCCUCCUGGGAUAAAAAUAGUGGGAGAAUUUUGAUGUGGGAUAAAUUAUGUCAUGUUAUGUUUCUCCAGGAUACAGCAGCCACCUCCUCCUCCAGUGUGCACUGAUGGUCCUUGGGCAUUGUGGUGCUGAGCCACACAGGAACAGCACAGGAACAAAGGGGAGGGGGUUUCUGCCAGUGCGCACUGCUGCUUCUGCUUAUCCUGAUGUAAAUGGAGAGAUUUCCAUACCUCUGGAUUCUUUCCAGGUUUACACCAGCAUAAUUGAGACUGCAGCUUGCUUCUGAGCAUGUGAAUAUCACAAAACCUGUUAGUACCUACAUCAGUAAGAGUCCAACAGGUAAAAAUCUUUUUGUGCUUUACCAGUAGAUAAAAACUUCCUGGGGUGAAACCUCUUGAGUUGUACCCAUACUGGUGACCCUUGGUGUUCUCCCAGAGUGGACAGCAGCAUUUGUGUCCAAGAGAACUGGGACACAGGCUCUCCUGGAGCACUAGAAACACCUGUCAGGGCCCUGGGAAGUGGACACUUGUGCCACUCAGAACACUCCAAGAGCUCUGACAGGGCUUGGGCUGCGUGGAGGAAGCUGCAGUGAUUCUGGCGUGUGUAUUGAUCCCACUGAGAACAUUUGGAGUUUAUGGUCUAGCACCUCCAUAUUAAAUGCAAAGAUCUGCUA